AUGAAGCGACAAGCCGAGAAGCAGAUCCGAAGGGAGGAUGGAGACGAUGGAUCGGACGACGACUCGCCAUCCUCACAAGGAUCGAUGCCUGCUACUCCGACAGCUGGUAGAGUCAUCCGCGGUCUUCCCAAGCGAAAGGGGUUGCCAGGUACAUCAGGAUCAUCUGCUGCCAGUCCAACUCCCUUCGGCGCUCCAGCAGCGGCAUCAUCCUCACCGUUCAGCGCACCGGGAGGCUCUAAUCCUUUCGCUAGUCUAGGUGGAAAUAGCCAGUUCGGCGGCGCUUCAUCAACGGCUCCAGCAACAUCAACACCGACGUUCAGCUUUGGUGCCACCACAGUCUCCAGCACAAACACAGCUUCACAACCACCAGCGAAGGCCAAUCCGUUUGGCGGCUUCUCUGGCUUUGGCGCGGCCAAGUCUGCUGCUCCUCCUGCUGCAAGCUCUUCUAAAACCUCCUCCGGCACCACCGCUUCGGCGCCGACAUUCUCUUUCGACGCUUCUGCCCCAACCUCUGCAUCGCCAUCUGCUUCCAAUACCUCGUCAGUGCCAUCGAAGAGCUCGACCAUCGUUUCUGGCAUUCUCGGAGACAUGUCGGCAGCACCUAAGUCCACUGACUCGUCCUCGAACACGUCUGGUGCAUCUACCAACGGUUCAAGCGCUUCGACAUCCACUGGCAGCAAGGAGACACUUCGCUCGCUCCGUGGUUUGAAUGUCUCCAUUCAAGCCACAAUUGCACAGAAGAUCAAGGAGCAGCUCCAAGCAGACCCUUUUGCCGACCUGACCCGUCUCAUCGAAUCUUUCCGGGACCAGUACCGCAAGCAUCGGGAGAGCGUUGAUAAAUCUCCUUCCAAAAGCUCUGCUCCAUCAUCAGGAAGCACAGGCUCCUUCAGCGCGACAGCAAGCCCGUUCAAGCCGGCUACCAACGGCUCAUCUUCCACGGCAGUCCCUGCUCCUUCCGCUGCUUCCACCUGUUCGUCCAGUCUGCCUAGCUUCAGCUUCAGCAAGCCUGCCACGACGCCUGCUUCCACGUUGAGUGGACCUUCUGCCAGUGCUUCUGCUUCAAGCGCACCCUCCUUCUCCUUCGGGUCCAGCUCGAGCAGCAGCAGCACCAAGCCCGCCGGCACAGGCUUCUCCUUUUCGCCUCUUCCCACUUCGAGCUCAGCCCAGUCUUCCGCAACUCCUGCUUCCUCCUCGUUCUCCUUCGGAGCAUCUAGUUCUGGCCCAAAGCCAGCGAAACAGGAUGCACCGGCUGAUGACGAGGACGACGAAGGGGGCGACAAUGAGGACGAAGACGGAGAUGACCAAGACGAAGACGAUGAUGGCGAUGGAGAUGAGGAUGAAGACGACCAAGAAGAGGAUGACGAAGACGAGGACGACGGUCAAGGCGACGAGGACGAGGAUGAGGAGGAUGAUGGCGGUGAGGAGGACGAAGAUGAUGAUGACGACGACGAUCUAGUUGUGACUGGCUCCAAGUCUGCUUCGGAUUCCAAGUCGACUGUCAAGCCGCCUUUCUUUUCGCUCCCAAGCGGCGGCUUCUCGUUCGGUGGCAAGCCGAUCAUCACAUCGUCGGAAGAAGACAAGAAGAAGGCAGAGGCAACUCGCAACAUGCCAGGUGCACCUAAGCUGCCAACCAGCUCAGGCGGAUUCUCCUUCGGCGGCAAACCUGUCAACUUUUCUAAUACUAGAAGCAGCAGCAGCAGUGACAAGCCGACAUCCACUUCAAGCGAGUCCAAACCAGCCACAGCAUUCUCCUUCGGCAGUACAGCAAGCAAGGACAAUGGUACACCAGCCUUCGGCGGCUUCGGCUCGUCGACCAGCACGCCGUCAACAACAACGCCUUCGUUCUCAUUCGGUGCUGCAGCAGGUGGCGAGACUCAACCGACAGCAUUUGGAUCGACGGGUGCCUCGCCGACCUUCUCUUUCGGCGCGUCGUCCUCGCCACCCUCCGGCAGCAACUUUGUCAACUUCUCGGCAAGCACGGCUGCAAAGCCGGGUGCUUUCUCAUUCGGGUCUCAAGCGAUCAAGUUCGGCGAUGCUAACAACAAUCAGUCUGACAAGGACAAGAAGGAAUCGUCAUGA